UGCUCGCUGAUUGGUCCGUCGCACUGAAGCCUCGUCACCGCGCCCACUCUUCCCUCCGGUGACCCUUGUAACGGUGCGCGCGGGGGAGCCUCCUCCGAACAGCCUGACGGGAGGGACAUGGCGGCCGCGGGCGGGCCCGGGGGAGACGGACCGGUGCGGAGAUGGGUCCGGGGCCUCGGGCUGCUCUACCUGUGUAUCCGGGGACCCCGACUGUACCGAGUGUACCGGCCGAGCGGGCGGGCAGCAGCGGUGAGAGGCCGGGGCGGGGAGGAGGCGGAGCCCGAGGGAUCAUGGGAGUCGUUCUACCAGCCGCGAGCCCUGGAGAAACACACAGAUAGCAUGUUGGCAUGGGUGUCUGUCCUGUGGACCAUUUCCUAUUACUCUUCCCCUCUCGCGAUCAUGUAUAUGUACAGGAAAGGCUAUCUGAAUGCGUCCAGGCUGGUACCGUUAGGGCAAUAUGGAAUGACGCUACUCUUACUGCUGGCAGGAGUGGUGUGUUUGAGAGGAUUGGGAAGAUGGAGCAACCCUCACUACAUUCAGUUUAUUAGCAUUUUGGAGAGAACCAAAUUCGAGAACACCCCAGAGAACAAGAGAAGGCUUUCCAUCUAUAAUUUUGACUUCCGCAGUUGGCCGGUGGAUUUCCGGUGGGAUGAAACGAGCAGUAAAGAGAGGAUUCAAGGUACGGGGCCCCUUGGUGGAGUACCAUUACUGAAGUCUGAACCCCGAACGCGGGGCGCUGGCGAUAGCCUCCUGCAAAGGAUCCAGAAGUUGCCCUGUCAGAUAACCAGUUACGUGGUGGCUCACUCGUUCGGUAGACGGAUGCUGUACCCUGGUUCUGUCUACCUCUUACAGAAGGCUCUGAUGCCGAUGUUAUUGCAAGGACAGGCUCGGCUGGUUGAGGAGUAUAAUGGGAAGAGAGCCAAGCUCUUGGCAUGUGAUGGGAAUGAGAUAGACACCAUCUUCGUGGAACGCAGAAACACUGGAGAACCCAAUGGGGAAAAGCUGGUGAUCUGCUGUGAGGGCAAUGCUGGCUUUUACGAGGUUGGCUGUGUUUCAACUCCACUUGAAGCUGGUUAUUCAGUCCUGGGAUGGAAUCAUCCUGGAUUUGCUGGUAGCACAGGCAUCCCUUUCCCUCAAAAUGAGGCAAACGCCAUGGAUGUGGUGGUCCAAUACGCCAUCUACAACCUUGGAUUUGAGCUGCAGGACAUUAUUGUGUAUGCUUGGUCUAUCGGAGGCUUUACAGCUACUUGGGCCACCAUGUCCUACCCAGAUAUCAGUGCCCUUGUCCUUGAUGCCUCGUUUGACGAUCUUGUUCCGCUGGCUUUGAAAGUGAUGCCUGAGAGCUGGCGAGGACUCGUGACCAGGACUGUCAAGAAAUAUUUAAAUUUAAACAAUGCGGAGCAGCUCUGCAGGUAUCAGGGCCCCGUAUUACUCAUCAGAAGAUCACAGGAUGAAAUCAUCACAACCACACACCCAGAAGACAUUUCAUCUAACAGAGGGAAUGACCUGCUCAUGACUUUGUUACAGCAACGGUACCCCAAGGUGAUGUCUGAAGAAGGCAGGCUGGCAGUGAGGAACUGGCUGGCAGCAUCCACUCCUGUGCAAGAAGCCUCUGUGAUUAGUCAGUACGGGUUAGAAGAUGACUGGUGUCUGUCCGUCCUGCAGUCCUAUAAGGCUGAGAAUUCUGGUGUUUUUCCAUGGAGUGUAGGGGAGGAUAUGCCUGUAGUGGAAAAGCAACAGCUGGCUUUAUAUCUAGCACGGAAGCAUCUAGAGAGUUUUGAGGCUACUCACUGCACCCCUCUCCCACCCAGUGCAUUUCAUACCCCUUGGAGAAUAUAACUUAUUGGAAAAGUUGUGGGACUAAAUAUCACUGUCUUAACCACACACCAGCUGAUCCCGUACCUCCUGUGUCCUAACACCCAAUACUCUUAUGAAUGGCAGCUAAUGCAGGUGGAAGAUAAACGGAAGCCAUCCUGAUCGCCUUUUAUCUCUUGGACGAUUAUUUUUUUAUUUUUAAUUAAAUGGGUUUCUGUAUUGAAGGGGCAAAAUGAACAUAAGGUUAAAAUCUGAAGGAAAGUCUGAGUAAUGGCUAUUAAAAUGUCAAUGCUUCUACCAAGA